CUUAUUUACUUAUUCAAAAUAAUUGCGCGGUGGUUAAUGUAUUUCUUAAGUCUUGCGAAAUACUGCAACAUGUUUGGUUGCAUACUCCGUAACCAUGCAAUUCGGCAUAACCCGAUUAACCGUUCCUUCGACAUCCUCACCUAACAUCAACAACGCGCUUUGAAAAAAUCUGUUGACGUGAGCACUUCGCCGUUCGGCCAAGUGACGAACAUAAAACACGUCAUGCACUUCAUCUGUGCACAGUAGCGUAGGCACGAUUUUCUAGUGACAAAUAAACACGCGUGAUAAGAAUGAUUUCGAUAACAAAUGGCAUAUAUACGCUCGCUUCCAUCUACUAUGUUAUCAUUCCAAUAGGGUAUCUCACUAAGUAAGGUGGUGGUUCACUGAGAAGGAAAUGGCAGGCAAAGGAUUGGUACUAGUAACUGGGGGUGCAGGCUAUGUGGGUUCACAUACCAUCAUUGAACUCCUGAAUAGCAACUACAGUGUGGUGGCAAUUGACAACUUGGUUAACUGCUAUGCUGAGAAGAACCAGAAGCCUGAGUCUUUGAAAAGGGUUGAGAAAAUCACUGGAAAACAAAUUGUGUUCUACAAUGUUGAUAUCCGAGAUAAAUUAGCACUGGAAAAAGUGUUCAAAACACAUAAAAUUGACUUUGUUAUUCACUUUGCUGCCUUAAAAGCUGUGGGUGAAUCUGUUCAAAUCCCACUGAUGUAUUAUCAGAAUAAUAUUGCUGGUUCAAGCACACUUUUCCAGGUGAUGAGUGAUUUUAGUGUCAAAAAGUUGGUGUUUUCAUCAUCUGCCACUGUAUAUGGUACUCCACAAUAUCUGCCAAUCACUGAGGAGCACAUAACAGGUCAAGGUUGCACAAAUCCGUAUGGCAAAACUAAAUAUUUUGUAGAGGAGAUCUUGAAGGAUGUUUGCACAUCAGAUAAGGAAUGGCAAGUAAUUCUGCUUCGAUAUUUCAAUCCAGUCGGUGCUCACGAAUCGGGGUUAAUCGGUGAAAAUCCGUCAGGCAUCCCCAACAAUUUAAUGCCGUACAUAUCACAGGUAGCAGUAGGUCGACGAGACUGUUUAAAAAUCUUUGGUGACGAUUAUGAAACCCCCGAUGGCACUGGCGUGCGAGAUUACAUUCACAUCACUGAUUUAGCGAGUGGGCACUUGAAAGCCCUGCAUAAAUUCAAGGAUCCAUCGUUCGUCGGUUGGAAGGCGUACAAUCUGGGCACGGGCAAAGGUUGUUCCGUGCUGGAGAUGGUAAAGGCCUUCGAAAAGGCAUCCGGGCGUAAGAUUAAGUACGAAAUUGUAGAACGUCGUGACGGCGACGUUGCAGCAAGCUAUGCAGAUCCAUCGCUUGCUAAUAUUGAGCUCGAUUGGGUGGCGCACAAGAGCAUACAUGAUAUGUGCGCCGACACGUGGAAUUGGCAAGUAAACAAUCCUAAAGGAUUCGAACAAUCGUAGGAAGAGUCUACUAUUUUAGCUAUUUACAUAUUUAACCCUUCUUUGAAACUUGUCCUACAUCUGUAGAUGGUUGCGUUUUAAAGCAGGGUUGAACAAUAUUUUAUUCCUAUCAACGUAUUUAUUUAGCCGAUUUUAUUUAUACACUAUUACGGGACUUAAUUUUCGCAUUUUGAAUGCAUUUCAGUAUAUCUUGUGAUAUGUAACAAAAUUGUAUGCAAUAUUCGAACAUUUUAUUUUUGUAUUGGGAGGAUGCAAAUGUUAAUUAAAAAGAACUUACAUUUAA